CCAAGCCGGGCUGGGGAGGCGGGCUUGGGGACCCAGCGGGCGGGGCGAGGUCGCUCCAUGCCGCCCACGCCGGAUGCACAGCCAGCCUUCUCUGCGCCCACGUACCCACGUGAGCGCCCAGCCGGCGACAUUCCUUCCCCCCAGCACCGCCACCCCUCCCGUUCGGAGAACGGAGUUUCACAACCACGCACAGCUGAAAUUGAUAUAGAAGUGGCCAUGCUUCAGGAAUCCCGAGUUUAUAAUAAGACUACGGGGCAACAGUUCUGUUAUGAAAAUGCGCUUGUCCCAAAGUGGCAUGACAUAUGGACGCGGAUACAGAUUCGGGUGAAUAGUUCCAAAGUGGUACGAGUCACCCAGGUGGAAAACGAAGAGAAACUGAAGGAGCUAGAGCAGUUUAGUAUCUGGAACUUUUUUUCCUCCUUUCUAAAAGAGAAAUUGAAUGACACCUAUGUUAACGUGGGUCUAUACAGCACAAAAACCUGCCUCAAAGUUGAGAUUAUAGAGCAAGACACCAAGUACAGUGUCACUGUGACCCGCAGAUUUGACCCCAAACUCUUUCUAGUUUUCCUCCUUGGACUUACGUUAUUUUUUUGUGGAGACGUACUGAGCAGAAGCCAAAUCUUCUACUAUUCCACUGGGAUGAGUGUGGGGAUUGUGGCCUCUCUGCUAAUCAUCAUUUUCGUCCUGUCCAAGUUUAUACCCAAGAAAAGUCCCAUUUACAUCAUCCUGGUGGGAGGCUGGUCAUUUUCGCUGUACCUCAUUCAACUAGUUUUUAAAAACUUACAAGAGAUCUGGAGGUGUUAUUGGCAGUAUCUCUUAAGCUAUAUCGUCACGGUCGGGUUCAUGAGUUUUGCAGUCUGUUACAAGUAUGGGCCCUUGGAGAAUGAGCGAAGUAUCAACCUGCUGACCUGGACCUUGCAGCUGAUUGGCCUGUGUUUCAUGUACUUGGGUAUCCAGAUCCCACACAUUGCCCUUGCCAUUGUCAUCAUUGCACUAUGUACCAAGAAUGUGGAGUAUCCUCUUCGGUGGCUGUACAUCACCUACAGAAAGAUGUAUAAGGCAACAGAAAAGAUUGCCCCCCCUCGUCUCCUGACAGAAGAAGAGUAUCGGAUACAAGGAGAAGUGGAGACCCAAAAGGCUUUGGAGGAGCUUCGAGAAUAUUGUAACAGUCCAGACUGCUCUGCUUGGAAGACUAUUUCUCGAAUCCAGUCCCCAAAGAGAUUUGCUGACUUCGUGGAGGGCUCUUUUCACCUCACACCGAAUGAGGUUUCUGUUCAUGAGCAGGAGUAUGGAUUAGGGAGCAUCAUUGCCCAGGAUGAAAUCGAUGAAGAAACGUCCUCCGAGGAGGGGGACUCAGAUUCUUGGCACCCCACUAUCACGCAGAACAGUUUUUUGAGUUAGGUAGCAGUCAGUUACUUGUACGUGGACUGGCUUGGUGCCUUGAAGGCUUGGGUCACAUGUGUUGCUGUGCAGUUGCUUCCCAACUCUCUGAGACAGAGGGAGGCCGUGCAAAAACUCCCUCACUGAAGCUAGAGGCCUGAGUAGGCGUCCCUCUGAAAAUGAUCUUGGUGGUCUCUGUGGGACCCCUAAGGAAGGAGAGUGGAUAAAGCAUGAAUGCUUCCCAUUGGUUAAGCUAUCAGCUCACCUUCAGUGUUCCCAAAGGAACAGGAUGGGCACAGCUAGGACAGGAUUCUGUCUCCUAACUGAAAGCUGAGUCAGCCGUGGCAUUUAGGGCUGAGAACUGUCACUUGGGCUUAUGUUCCGUGGAGAAAUCCACAAAUCUGAGCCUCCUUCACUUCUGGUUUUACUUCAGAAUAAUCCUUGUUUUAAGAGAAAAAUGGAUUUUAUUUGCUUGUCUUAUUUUUUCAAUAUAUAUGUAAUUUUAAUUUCUUAAAAUGUAGGAAACUCAUGUUCUAGAACCAGCAGAUGCUCCAGAGAGACAAGCCCCAUAGGCCCCUACAUACUUAAUAUGGAUCACCCAUCAAAGCUGUUGUGUUGAGGUUUGAAUUAGUUCUCCUAUAUGCAGUAUUCUAAGUCCUGCUUGCUUUUAGGAACAUGCCUGUGGGCUCUUCUGUAGGGGAGGCCCAUUGGGCUUUUCAUUAUAGUCAACUUUCAAUUCCUUCUUAAAAACAAAUUUGCAUUCUCCCCUUCCCAUUCCUCCUAGCUCCCUUUGCCUUUUCAAGAAGGGCCUGUUUCCAUACCUGUGAAGUUAUGUACAAUUCAGAGUUUGUUUCAUUUCUCAUAUUCUCUUCCUCUUGGUUUUUAGCAUUACUCCUGCUAUUUAGAAGUGAUCUUAUUUAGGGAAUUUAAGUGGUUUUUACAGGUUCUCCAUUUUUCUUGUCAGUGAGUCACAUGUCUCUGAGUGGCUAUGGAAGCAGGAAGCUAUCUCCUUUUCCUUUGCUUCCUUUGUCUGCCCAUUCUUACUGUUCCUCUCUGUCUUUCCUGACCGUCCACACCCUUCCCCCAAGAAAUCAGGCUAAUUUUGUAAGCUCUGAAACUGUGACGUUUCUUGAUAAAACAUGCAAGUUGUAGCUAUGUAGCUGCCACAGUUCGCAUUGCCAGGAGGUAGACCUUCAGGGAAUCUUCAUGCCUUCAGGUGCUCAUUUAGCUAUCAGGGUUUAGAACCAUUUUUCCAUGAAUUUGUUACACUUGUUUGCAAUUCCAUUUCUGAUCAGAGAUUCAUGCUACCUUUCAUUACAGUGGCAUUAAUUUCAGAUUCUUUUGCCAUUAGAAACUACCCUUGUAAACCAGCAAUGCCAUUUAUGAGGGAGCAGAUUUCCAAGUCUCUGUCAUUAGCGGGUUCUGUCUUUGUGAUCUUCUCCCUCAUAUCUUGAAAAAAGCUAUAAUUACUCUGGCUGGGAAGAUAGACACUGAUGGUAAGAGCACAGCAUUAGGCUGCUGGAUCACCAUGAUCAGAGACGAUUUUUAAAAAGUCUUAAUGACUCCUUCACAACAGCCAUUUAGCAGAUAGUUCUGAAAGGCCCUGGGCUCCAUUACUAACUUCCAGCAUGUGGUCAGCUGAUUAUUUCCAACCAUGUUUCCCAUAGCUUUAAACUGUCCUAAAGUGACAACUACCUCAAUUGGCAGCAGACAUAUAGUGGAAAGUGAAAAAUAAGCAGUUUUUGGGCAGAUGCUAGCUAUGGGUUAAAGUUACAGAGUAAGGGAGCUUUAUAUUGGGAAAUCUUUAUUCCUUUGUGAGUUAUGUACACAGUAAAAUGUUAUCUCUACAAAGAACUGUUAAGACCUCUGUAAUACACAAUUUUUGUCCUCAUUUAUAGAAAUUGAGACCUAGGGUAUUUGAGCAUAAGUUGAUUUGAAAAAGUAAUGCAGCUGUACAAGUAGUCUCACAUUCCCUGGAGACUUCAGUGCCUUCCCCCAAACAGCCACUUAGGAAAGGCGGUAGCUUGCCCCCAGGGGGAUUUUUCCUGACUCGUCUUUUUAUUUCAAUGAGAAAGCGAUAUGAGUUAGGGAAAGAUUUUUCUCUUUUUAUGUUUAGUAAAUUCCUUGUGAAAUAAAGUUUCCAUCUCAAGACCAGUUUUUCCACUGUGUUUGAGUUUGGGGUGAGUAAAAUCAAACUCAGUUCAUUACUUCUGUCUGGAAGCUGGAGACUGAGCUGUAGGUAGUGGAGAUGACAAUGGGUCCCCAAGCCUGAGAGCUGCUGUCAGACAGUGAAGGCCAGUGCCUCUGGUGUGCUGUGCAUCCUUGCCCUGCCUGUCUGCCUGUGUGGCUCUGCUCUGGACGCGCUAGAGCCUCUGUGUGCUCAGAGACUGCCUAACCUAGUAAGCCUUUAGAAGCUGCUCUUGUCUCCCUGUUGGCCACUUAGUCUGCUGGCUCAGUCACUACUCGAAGCCCCCGUUUAAUUUUCUCUGGCAGUUAUAGCUUUUGCAAGUUCAGCAGUCUCAGCUCUCAGACUGACCUCAUCGGGAACUAUUGAAGGGAUAACUAUGGAGUGAGCUGGACAUGGAGCCACGUCUGCUGCCCAGUCAGCAUCUUACUCUGCAAAUAUGAAGCUGUCAAUUGGCGCAAAGGCCUAGGGACUCAUCGGCAUUGGGAAUCUAUUGCCUGUGGUCGGCCUGACUGAGUUGUGUAGGGCAUGUCUUUCAUUAAUGGGAACACGAGCUGACUGGCCCAAAACCUUUCUCUUUCACUUUCCCACUCAGAUGGCUUUCAUGAGACCAAUGACCAGAAAUAAGGAAAGCUAAGCAACUUUGACAUUUUCUGACAAGAAAUUUCUAUCAGCCACUUCAUCUUACCAGAACUAGUUUGUUUCUACCCCAAAUUCAUGACUUUUAUGUCUAGUAUAAAGGAGAUUUUGCUUAUAAUACUUCCAUUAUAGUUCCAGUGUUGCACUUUGUGCUAAUAAAUCCCACUCCAGGGCCUAGCCCUCUCUGCAUUAACUGUGUUCCCUUCCGUCUGAUCUCCGCUGGGCAUAUACGACAGGAUUUGAGGAAUGAAAGGACCCAAAUAGACCAGAUAGUCCCUAUAGGUCCUGGCAAAAGUCUUGGGGCUGGAUUAUGCAAUUGCCCUCAAUCUUGC